GGCCGGGGGGGAGGGCGCAACAGCUGCUGCGAGCACUUUCUGCCCCAACAGUCCCCCCGCCGGACGCCGGCCGCCCGCGCAGGGACCCCGCGCCUGCACUGUCCCCGCGCGGACGAGUAGGGGGCGCCCGCGCCGCUCCCUCGCCCCGCGCCGGAGAGUUUGGAAGUCCCUUGUCUUCACAUUGCCGGGAUCAGCGUCUUGCUCAACUGAGCCACUCACCCAAUGGAGACAGCCAGAACUAGUGCCCUCGUGCUGACUCACAUCUGAAUCACAGCACAGGGCAGCCAUCAUACUUUGUUUGUGCAAAGACCCAUCUCCAUCACCGAGCUUGUCCUAAACUCUGGAAUACACGUGCCCCUCUGAACUUUAGUUACAAGCUCAGGGCUCCUGGAGGUUUGAGUGACGUCUCACAAGUGGCCUUAUUCUAACUCCAGAGGUUCCCCAGCAGACGGCUGGACUGUCCCUUCCUAUCUGACCCUGAAGUGGCAGGCAGCAUGCCAACUCAAUCACUCCUCGCGUACAUGGACGGGCCGGAAGUCAUUGGCAGCUCUCUAGGCACCCAGGUGGAGGUGGAUGAUGCUGUGUCCAUCAAAGGGCCAGCUGCAGUCCCCUUCAGAGCUGCGCAGGAGAGGAGCAUGACCCCAGCUGAAGGGCACAUGCCCCUGGACUGCAUGUUCUGCAGCCAAGCCUUCUCCCUUGCAGAAGACCUCAGUCAGCAUGUACUCAUGCAGCACCGGCCCAUCGUCUGCGAGCCAGCCGUCCUGCGUGUGGAGGCCGAGUACCUAAGUCCUCUUGACAAAGGUCAGGUGCCGACUGAACCACCGAAGGAGAACAACUGCAAAGAGUUGGAAGAGUUGAGCUGCGAUGUGUGUGGGCAGACAUUCCCAGGGGCUUUUGACGUUGAGAGCCACAUGAAGAAACACAAGGACUCCUUCACAUACGGGUGCAGCAUGUGCGGGAGAAGGUUCAAGGAGCCGUGGUUCCUGAAGAACCACAUGCGGACACACAAUGGCAAGUCUGGUACCAGGAGCAAGUCGCAGCAGGGCCUGGAGAGUCCUGUCACCAUCAAUGAAGUGAUUCAGGUCCAUGGAGCUGGGAACAUCUCCACCCCCUACAAGAUCUGCAUGGUUUGUGGCUUCAUCUUCCCGAAUAAGCAGAGCCUCAUUGAACACAGUAAGGUUCAUGCCAAAGAAUCUGCCUCCAGUGCCAGUAGCACCGCCCCUGAUGCCCAGCCAGAGGGGGAACCCACAUCUCCGAGGGACGAGCUGCUGCAGUAUUUGAACUUGAGACCCAGAUCCCACCCGGAGACUGCAGUGAAGCCCGUCACCUGUAUACCUCAGCUUGACCCGUUCACCACCUACCAGGCGUGGCAGCUGGCCACCAAAGGAAAAGUGGCCGUUGCCCAAGAAGAGGUGAAGGAGUCAGGCCAAGAAGGAAGUACGGACAAUGAGGAUUCGUGUUCAGAGAAAGAGGAACUUGGAGAAAUUUGGAUUGGGCCUAAGUCAGAAGGUUCUGGAAAGUCCAAAACAAAUAGAAGCAGUUGUCCAGGUCUCUCACAAGACAAAGAGAAACCUAGACAUGCCAACAGUGAAGUGCCUUCUGGGGAUGGCGAUCCCAAGUUGCCCAGCAGCAAGGAGAAGCCCACACACUGCUCGGAAUGCAGUAAAGCCUUCAGAACCUACCACCAGCUUGUCCUGCACUCGAGAGUGCACAAGAAGGACAGGAGGGCCGAUGCCCCAUCACCCACCAUGUCUGUGGAUGGAAGGCAGCCUGGGACUUGCUCCCCAGACCUCGCUACCACUAUGGAAGAUGGUGGGGCUGUGGACCGAGAAGGGGGCUCUGAAGAUGGGUCUGAGGAUGGACUCCCUGAAGGGCUCCAUUUGGAUAAAAGUGAUGAUGGAGGAAAAGCAAAGCCCCUCACGUCCUCGAGAGAGUGUAGUUACUGUGGCAAGUUUUUCCGUUCAAACUAUUACCUCAAUAUUCAUCUCAGAACGCAUACAGGUGAAAAACCGUACAAAUGUGAAUUCUGUGAGUAUGCCGCAGCCCAGAAGACGUCUCUAAGGUACCACUUGGAGAGACAUCACAAGGACAAACAGCUGGCGGACGCUGCGGCCGAGGCUAAAAGUGAAGGUCGGAGCCAGGAGCCGCAGGAAGCACUACUAACUGCCGACAGUGCACAGACCAAAAAUUUAAAGCGAUUUCUUGAUGGUGCCAAAGAUGCUAAGGGCAGCCCACCUGCCAAGCAGCUUAAGGAGACGCCGCCUUCUGUCUUCCCGAGUGUUCUGGGCAGCGCCCUCCUCUCACCAGCACACAACAAGGAUACUCAGGAUUUCCAUAAAAAUGCAGCCGAUAAUGGCGAGAAAGUGCGAAAGAGUCCUGCCCCUGCUUAUCUGGACAUGCCGAAAAAGAGAGCAGCGGGCGAGCCUCAGGCCAGCAUCCCUGCCUGCAAAGUAGAGGGGAGUGGGCCCCCGGCACGGGAAGGUGGCCAUAGGGAGAAGAUGGAGUGGGAGGCCGACUGCAAAUACAAGCCGGGUGCUGACUGCCAGGACAGGCCUUUGAAUCUGUCCCUUGGGGCGCUCCACGCCUCUCCUGCUAUCUCUCUGAGCAAGUGUCUCAUCCCCACCAUCGCCUGCCCCUUUUGUACCUUUAAGACUUUUUAUCCGGAAGUUCUGUUGAUGCACCAGAGACUGGAGCAUAGGUACAAUCCUGAUACUCACAAGAACUGCAGUAGCAAGUCUGUGCUGAGGAGCAGGCGAACAGGAUGUCCUCCUGCCUUGCUAGGCAAAGAUGUGCCUCCCUUGUCUGGCCUGCACAAGCCCAAGACUAAGCUUGCUUUCUCAUCACAGGCCAAGUCCUUGUUCCUGGAGAAGGCCCGGCAGGGUACCUCCGGGCCAAGCAAAGCUCCCCAGACAUCAGGGCCGCCAGACAGCAGCACUUUAGCCCCAAGUAACCUGAAGUCACACAGAUCACAGCCCAGUGCCGGGGGUCCCGGGGCCACCAGACAGCAGCAGUCAGAGCUGUUGCCCAAAGGUGGUGUCUCUGCUGCUACGGAUAAAGUGAAAAGACCCGAGCUGAAGCUUAAGACCCUGCCAGCUGCCCAGUCUCAGUCCCCCCUCGGCAGUAGUAACGGCAACGGUUCCAUCGAGUAUCCCGUGAAGGUGGACGGCCCGUGGGGCCCUCAGGGGAGGGAGAGAGACUACUACUGCCACCGGAGUGCUGGCAGUGCCACAGCAGAGUUCUGUGAGCCACUUCCCAAAAGACUCAAGUCCAGCGUGGUGGCCCUGGACACAGAGCACCCUGGACCCAACGGCAGAAGGGGCUUCGAGCUACCCAAAUACCAUGUGGUCAGGAGCAUCACCUCGCUGUUACCAGAGUGUGUGUGCCCAUCGCCUGUGAUGGCCCCGAAAGCCCGUUUCCUGAGCCCUGGGGAGGUGGAGUCCCCCAGUGUGUUGACAGUGCAGAAGCCCUACAACGCCUCUGGACCUCUGUACACCUGUGGACCUGUGGGACACACAGGAGCCAGCCCAGCCCUUGAAGGAAAGAGGCCUGUGUCAUAUCAACACCUGUCCAACAGCAUGCUGCAGAAGAGAGGCUAUGAGAAUUGUGCUGGAAAUACACAUUAUCGACCAAAUGACAAAAAAACUUGAUUUCUGAUGGUUUUGGGGGGAAAAGGUCUCGCUGGAUGCGAGUACACACUUUCCGCGGAAUCACACUUUGGUUCAUCUUCUGAGAAGCACGUGAUGAGAGCUACUGAACAAGCUGUGACUGUAUUGUACAUAGACUCGCAGAGCAGAGAAGGAACACUACAUUCUCCUAAGUUCUAUUAACUUUUGUACCAAAUAGCAAUAAAAACUAGUGGGAGCAGUUGGGCUGUACACGAAUGGGGACUGCAAAUCUAUUUUGUCCCUAAAUAUUUUUUUAAAUAAUUGACCAAAUAAGUUUUUGCAUACUUGAGCGCUGCUGAAAAGAAAUCAUUUGGGGUGGGGUGGGGUGGGAUGGGGACUGUUGUAACGCUCGCACCUCAGGUAAAUGUAAAUACCUACGUUGUAAACUUGCUGAAGUACUGUGUGUAUUUCUUUCCCUCAUGGAGCUCAAUGAUUUGAGCAGUUUCUGCUUCUUUAUGCUUUUCUCAUUUAAAGUGUGUUUUAAAGCAAAUCCUCCCUGUCCUGUAUUAUGUUGAGUCCUCCACAGUCCAUUGUCUGUCCUCACACAAUUGCUGACGGAAGUGUUGGCACUCUGAGGAUGGCUGUGCAGCUCAAGGCAGCAGGACUGAACCUGGCACCUUUAGUCAGCUGUUAUCAGCGAGGAAGAUAACAUUGUCUUCCUGUGGACAGGUUGUUCUGGAACCCCGGCAUCCUGCCCUGGGGUGGCCUAUGGUGCUUCUGAGCAAACGUGCCUACAGAGACGCCAUCGCUCUGUAGGGUGGCAGAGCCAGGCUCCAUGGAGGCCAUCUCAGUUCUUCAUUUCUCUUGUGAGAGUCAGUUUCUUGGAGAGUUGUCUGAGUUAAGUCUAGACAAAUAUGCCAAAUUUCCUUGUGUGAAUUGCAUGCUGGGAAGCAAUUUUAAAGGGAGUGAAAGGUUUGGGGAGAUUUUUAGUUUGUGUCUGGAGUCUUGGUGUGUCUGGUGUGAAUUGUGAACACCUUGAGUGCUGACUGAGCCUCCUGGCAGGCAGGGAGAGAAGAGCUGCUGUAGUCCCCCUCGUCUCCUUUUCUUUGUUUCUCGGCCAGGGUGAUGUCCUCAGUGCACAGGCAGCUUGGGCUUGAGGGAAGACAGCCACCAGCUGGCUCGCUGGACAUUUUAAACUUGAGUUCCUUUGAUGCCUUGAGUUUCUCCAACAGUUUUUGGGUUUAGCAAACCCAAAGUAUUUUAUUAAGAAACUGUUUCAAAGGUGAAUUUGCACUGCUCCCUUUCCUUACCCCUCCCCCUUGGUAGGACAGAAGGGUGAAGAGCUCAAAGAACCCCGGCUCUUCCCACUCUGAUUAUGUGACAUGGGGGUCCUUGGGAGGCUUGUGGACGGUCCCUAAGGGAGACCUGACCUCUUAUGUUGAAGGGAGACCCGGGUUGAGAUGUGUCUGCUCUUGCAGAAAGUGCUUUUGUAUCAAGAACAUGUACACUAGGCCCUGUUCCCGUCCACAAGCUGAGCCAUAUGUACAUAAUCUAGACUGUUUUCUUAGGUUCUGCACUUUUAUAGCCUAUUUUUGAAGAUUAACACAUUUGCAAGAUGAUUGACUCAAUCUUUGCUAAAUCUAGCGAGUAUACAGGAAGCUCGCAGAGAUGAUAAAUGUAAAUCUUGAGGGGGGAGGUUAUAUACAAUGGGGGGCAAAGUUAAACCUGUAUUAAAAAAAAAUCACCAAAUCUAUUAGAAAACAAGUCAAUGUGUGUAAUGCUGAAAUUUUGGGGGCUUUCAGAUUUCUCUAGUUACAUUUUCUGAAUGCAUAAAAAUUCCAGGUUUUGUUUGUUUAUAAACAGCCCUUGUACUUCACAAUGUGUUCUUAUCAUCAGUAUUAACUCUCGGGAUACUACUGGCUUCCUGUGUCUUUCCUUUGCGGCAACAGUACAUGUGAUAGAGGUACAAUUCGUUGGAUUUUUGUUAAUGUAUUUAUUUCAUUCCGGUUUGAUUUAUUUUAAUUGUUGAUACUUAAGUUGUCAGACCGUAGACAUGCUUUAUUUAUGAUAUAUUUCAGCUUAAAGUUAUGUUAUUAUAUGUGGAUGUAAAUAUAGAUUUGGUGUUUUACA